CAUUAGCAGCCAGCAUGCAAUUAUGCUGUCAACUUAACAAAAGUCUAGCAACCUUUGGAAAUUCCUUGUAUCGUUUAAUCCUUUCCAUUACUCUUUAGCAUCCUAAUUUGAGCAUGUCCAUCUCUUCUUCUGUGAACCCUUUAAUAUCUUCUCUGAUUGAAGAUGGUAAAGCUUUACCACAGUUACUUCGCGACGCUAAAAAGCCAGAUAAUCUACCAAACAUUCGUUCUAAACUUACACCGCUCAUCAACAACAUUUUGAAAACACUACAACAUCCUCAAAUUCCAUCUUCUUGUCCUGAAAAUGUUAUUCCUAAACUGUUUGAUAAAAUCCAAUCUACCCUUCAAAAAUUCAUAGAUCUUGACCAUAUAAAUGCCUCAUUUUACCAAAACCUCGUUUCAGACAUCAAUGAUAUCAAAUCCAGGACCAAAUUUUCUACUGCCGGAAAAUCUUCUCCUGUCGUUGACUUACCGAGUAGUGGUGCACUUGCAGCAGACAGUGAAUCAACUCAUGAAGCUUUAACUGAUGAUGAUUAUCCAAACAGCGAUAAACUUGGGCAACUUCAUGACAACGAAAAAAGAUGUUUAAUCUGUUUCUGUUUGUUUUCUGCUGGAAUAGAGGUGAAGAAAAGAGAACCAAUCCAUUUAUGGAUCGGUAUGGAUUUGAUUAAGGAUUCGAUUGAGGGUGCUGAGAUGUUGGGUAAGCUUGUUGCAGAAGGGUUUAUUGAGCGUACUAUUGGCAAGAAAAAGUUGUACAAUAGGUACAAGAUGAAUAAACAUGUUCUUAACAUGGUGGUUAAGGACAUGAAUAUUCAUAUUAACAAUAAAGGCUCCUUGUCGAUACUGCAACAAAAACAACAGCAUGAGCAGCCAGAGCCUCAACAACAACCACUGCAACCUUCAAGUUCAGUUAUGACUCGACGACCAACAUUCAUUGAGCGUGUAGAAUCAUUUAUUUUUAAAGAAGGUCAAGAUGGGAUCAAAUAUCUGGCCGGAACUUUAGUGCUCAACAAAACUGAGAAUACGCUUGAUGCUCGAACAUCAGACCGUAUCCCUACAAAAAGGAAUAACAUUAAAGCGUUGCACCUUGGAAUUUGGGAUAAUAAUCCCAAAAGGUACAUAAUGGUCGAGGAAAUGGACACUCUUAAGGGAUUGUUGAAGUCGAUGGGGCAUGUAUGCUUCUUGAGUCUUGAAGGGAUAUCAGGAAUCGUAGAGCUGCCGGAUUCUGUUUAUAAGCUGGACAAUCUGAAGGUUUUGGAUCUGAGGGGAUGUCCCAAUUUGGAGUCUCUUUCAGAAGGGAUUCAAUCAUUAAAGCAGCUUACACACUUAGACUUAUCAGAGUGUUAUUUGCUUGAUCAUAUUCCUGCAGGAAUUGGUUCAUUAACUGAGCUGAGAGUGCUAAAAGGAUUUGUUAUAAAUCCAGAAGAAGAACAGGGCAUAAACGAAAAUGACAACGAAAACGAAAGUGGAAAUGAAAAUGCAGAUCAGGAAAGAAGCAGUACUAUUUCUUCAUCUGCUUCAUUUAGUGAGUUGUUAAGGCUAAAGAAGCUGAUGAAACUGACGAUUCGAACACGAAGAAUGAACUUCCCAACAAGUAAUGAUUUGGAUAUACUAAAUGAAAUGGAUGAGCUCACAAAUCUAAAGAUUGCGUGGGUUUGGAGUUCAAUAAAGAGUCCAAGUGCAGGAACAUCAGGAAGAUUUCCAAAGAGUCUUAAGAAAUUGGAGCUUCAAGCUGCUCCAGAACAUACAAUGUCGCGAUUGUUAAGGUUAAUAAGUCAAGAUUCAGAGAAUUCGUUAGAAAAACUAUAUAUUAGAGGGGGCAGAUUGUGGGAUUUGGAUAUGGAAAUGCAUAGUUUUAGAGAGGUGCACACAGUACGUCUAAGGUAUUUGCCAGAGUUGCGCAUUGAUUGGGAUGAGUUUAAGAUGUAUUUUCCAAAAUUAAGUACAUUGGAAAUAUUGGGAUGUCCUAAUCUCAUCUUUUUCCCUUGUGAUGAGAAUGGAUUGUGGGAACAAUUUUAUGUUGAGUAAUCAUAGUCAAAGGAGGUUUAUAUGUUUGAAACUUGAAAGGAUAUUGGUUUUACUUCUGCCAUUGUUAUUCACUUAAGUGUUUAUUAUUUAUCAUGUAUAAUUAUCAAUGAUUUUGAUCGGUAAUUAACAAGUUUCUUGGCUAAAUUGUAUUACAUUUUCAUUAUAAUUUCAACAAUUUAAUAUCAAUAAUCAAA